CACUGAGCGGGAGGUCAGCCCUCCAUGAGGCUGGGACUCAGCCUCAGGCUGAGAGCUGAGAUCCUUACCUAGAGAAAGAUAAACCUAACUCACAGACAGCUCCCCUCACUGUCCAUCAGCUGUGACUGGGGUGAACAGGACCACUAAGGUGGAGAGCCAGGGGUUUGAAAAAAGAAAGGUGAAAGUCCCAUUUUGAAUCCAGGAUUGCCUUUCCUGGACUGGACUGGACUGCCCAGGAACUUCUCUGAGCAAUGUGAUUGAUAGGGCCGAACUGGCACAGCCAGCGUGCUAAGGACGUGACCCUGGGUGUUCUACUGAGGAACCUAGGGACAGGUUUGGAAUAAGGUAGAGCCCCUGGGCUCUGGGCUCCCAGAGUGAGCCUGGCACACAUUUCUCUGCUGUGUGAGGAUUGGCUGGAAGUGGGUAUCCACACCACAGGAUGGAGAGAGGCGAGUCUCUUACCCUCUUCUGGAGCCGGGGAGCUGCAGCUAACUCGGGUCGGGAAAAUGCGACAGCGACUGCCCACUCGAGGUCGUCAUGGCGACAGCCAGUGAACGUGUUCCUCUCCUCGGGCAGGCCCCCGAGUGUAGAGGAACUGCUUCGCGAGGCGCAGCUCAAUCUCCAGAGCCUGUUGCAAGAAGAAUAUGAGGAACAGUAUUCGGAGGCCAGACUUCUGGGGCAGACCUUCCGUUCUUCUGAUGAGGCCCCUGAGCCCACUCCCAGCCCAAGGCCCCAGUCUGCCAAGCGGCUGGAGUUUGUAUUGAUGCCUGCAAAACGGCAGCUGAGCGAGGAUGAGACCACGACCCAGGGUGUGAGGGCCCCUGAGGCCUGCCUGAGCCUGUCUACUGCCGACAAGCAAAGUGCCUGGACUGACCCCUUCCCUCUACCCAUCCUAAAGGAGAAGCUCUGGCUUCAGCCCUGCUCCACGCAGUCUGACCUUGUGCCAAUCAACAUCUCUGGGCAGCAGUUUGAUAGACAUGCAAGUUUUCGACACUCGUUGUUUAACACAGAGACAGCCGUGAACCCCAAGUCCACCCUGAGGCGGAGGCGGACCAUUAUUGGAUUCUCUAACUUUUCUCAGCGAGACCAAGGUCACAGCAGCAGCCCUGCAGGCAGCCUGGCCCGCUCUGCCACCUCAGACAUCAGGCCUGGCCACUCAGCUCCACAAGUUGUUCAGGGAAGGGUUGCUGUUGGGCAGGAAGCUCGGUUCCCAAGUCUCACCUCACCAGGACUGAGACACUCUUCUAGUGAGCCUGGAGACGCUCACCAGGCACGCAGUGGCUCAGACCCUCCUGGCAUGGAGAGCAUGGCAGUGGUGUACAGUGUCCCCAGUUCUUGCAAUGGACCAACAGAGUCAACAUUCUCCGCUUCCUGGAAGGGAGAUGAUUUCACAUACAUGACCCCAAGUGCCAGCAGCCAGGGCAAUCAAGUCAGUGAAAAUGGAAAAAACUCUUCCUCGGGGAAUUCUUGGGUCCCUCUGAACACACUCCCACCUCUGGUUCCUAAGGAGGCGGCCACACUCUUUGUCACCCGUGAUAACCCGGCAGGAUGCACUGGGCUACCCAGCUACUCUGAGCACCCCACUCUACGAAGACAGAUACCAGAAAGACCUCCCAAGAUUGGCCUUCUGGUCCGUGGUACCUCAAGGCUGGAAACAGGCCCAGGUGGGACCAACAGGUUCCGGGAGCGGUCACUGUCUGUGCCCACAGACUCGGGUGUUACCUCAGUGGACUAUGACGAAGAACAGAAGACCAGUGAGGCCCGCAUCCUGCCUUAUGCCAGUACAAGCUCCGAGGGUAGUAACAGUACUGACAACAUUGCGGCCCUCAGCACUGAGCAGGAGGCACGGCACCGAAGGCAAAGAUCCAAAAGUAUUUCACUCAAGAAGGCCAAAAAGAAGCCCUCUCCACCCAUGCGAAGUGUCUCACUCGUCAAAGAUGAGCCAGCCCUUCCACCAGAAGGCGAAUUGGUACUGCCCAAGGACCAAAGGCCCAGGAGCCUUUGCCUCUCCUUGGAACACCAAGGGCACCACCCACCUCACCCAGAUGCUCAAGGUCACCCAGCUGUGCCAAUGCUCAAAGAUCCAGAAGGUACGCAGUUCGCUCACCACUGGUAUCUUACUGACUGGAAGUCCGGUGACACCUACCAGUCCUUGUCCAGCUCCAGCACUGCCACCGGCACCACAGUCAUUGAGUGCACUCAAGUUCAGGGAAGCUCAGAGUCUCUGGCCUCCCCUUCCACCUCCAGAGCAACGACACCCUCCCAGCUCUCCAUUGAGGUGGAAGCCAGGGAAGUAGCCUCCCCUGGGAGGCCCACUGGACUAAUGUCCCCUUCCAGUGGUUACUCCAGCCAGUCAGAGACACCCACACCCACUGUCUCCAUGUCCUUGACCCUGGGCCACUUACCUCCUCCAAGUGCUAGUGUCAGAAUACGUCCAGUGGUACCAGAAAGGAAGUCAUCACUGCCCCCAACAUCACCAAUGGAGAAAAUCUGCAAGUCACGGUUAUCAUUUGACCUACCACUGACCUCUUCAACCACCCUGGAUCUGUCGGGGAUGAGUAUCUCCAUCCGCAGCAAAACCAAGGUGAGCCGCCAUCACUCUGAUACCAAUUUUGGGGCCAAACUGGCACAGAAAACUAGUCCAAACCAACCGAUCAUGCCCAUGGUUACUCAGUCUGACCUCCGUUCUGUUCGCCUGAGGUCAGUCAGCAAGUCUGAACCUGAAGACGACAUUGAGAGCCCAGAUUACACAGAGGAACCUGGUGCAGAGGAAGUCUUCACCUUGCCAGAGAGAAAAGUGAAACCUCCCAUAGCUGAGAAACCUCCAUUGGCCCGAAGGCCUCCAAGUUUGGUCCACAGGCCACCCUCUCUCCCUGGGGAGUAUCCACUAACUUCUCCUACUGUAGCUAUGACAUCCAGGAGCUCCAUUCCACACAUGAAGCAGCUUCCCCAAGAUAGCUACACAGUGUUGCGGAAACCAAAGUCACCCAGCUUUCCCGGGGAGUCAACGGCGUCCUCCAGCCUUGUCUUCUCACCUCUUGCCAGUUCCUCUGGUGCUUUCUUCUCAGGAACACAGCAACCUCCCCAGGCCAGUGUAGAAGACGGGGGCCCCAAGGUGAGAGCCCUGCCUGAAAGAAUUGGCCUCCAGAGCCAGGAAGAAGCUGAGAAAAAGAUGACCAAGAUUCCACCUCCGGUACCAAAAAAGCCCAGUGUGCUCUACCUGCCUCUCACCUCCCCUGUAGCUCAAAUGGAUGCCUGCAGGGCAGAGCCAAGGCUGCCUUUCAGCCCCAUCAUCACCCUGGAGGAAGAUGACAAGUGUCCCUCCACUGGUGAUGACCAGAAGUCACCUGGUAAAGGGGUGACUUCGACUCUUCACAUUGACAGAGAAAAAGAGGCCAUCUCUCCAGGGAGGUCUGUGGAACCGAGUGCUGAAGAGAAAAGUUUAAUCAGUGAUAAAACAGCCGAAUGGAUUGCGGAGGAGGAGGAUGACGUGUUUGUGGCUUCCCGCACAACUGAAGAUUUAUUUACUGUGAUACACAGGUCCAAAAGAAAGCUACUGGGCUGGAAAGAGCCUGGGGAGGGCUUCUCCAGCAAAGCCAGCUCCCAUUCACCAGUGAAGAAUACAGCUGAUUCUCCCACCGGUGAGGCUGCUGCUGCCCCAGGGCCAAGUAGCAGUGCCUGCCUAGAUGCUGGUAGAAAUGAUGAUUUCAAGGCCUUGCUCCAGAAGAAGGGAAGUAAGGCAACUCCCAGGACCCGCCCCUCAGCGGCCGAGCUGCUGAAGACCACUAACCCGCUAGCUCGAAGGAUUAUUGCACAGUUCUCAAAAGACUACGAACCCACUGACAACCCCAGUACCUAAGUCCUGCUUCUUACUUCCUAGACCUGAGUAGUGAAGGAGGAAGAGAGAGGGCUUUAGAAAGGAACCAACCACAGGAAUGACAAAAGAAUCGAUGUCUUUGAUGUUAACUCACACUCUGAACAGCAGAGAGGACAGCACAACAAUGGAGCUCACCUGGCACUCGGAUAGGCUUCAGACCGUCCGCAUAUCCAUUCUGCCAUCCUUGCCAUGACUGAACAUCGGAGUCCUACUUCUCGUCUCCAGCCCUGUGCACUAAGAGAGCCUCAGAUUGGAGAGCCACCUUUUUCAAUGUCCUAGCGUCUUUGUCCAUUGGCUCCUGUCACUGAGGGGCACAGUAGGGAGAACAGAUUGGGAACUUCCAAGCCAGGCCUGGGGAUGGAGGGUACCAGUUCCCACUGUUGAUUAUCUACUUUCUUGAAGAGAUCUUGAUGGCCCUUUGUGAAGACACAGAAAGACACCGAGGCCUCAUCAACCACAGUGUGACUUUCCUCCAGAGAGAGUUCUGUAGGCAUGGGGUUGAUUGGAUGGCUUUUGUGGUGCAAAAUAUGAAUGUGACUCUACCAAAACUUCAUGCCUUUUUCAGUUUGAUUGUCUAUGCGGAGAUCAGGGUGAUGAGUUUUAAUAAACUUCUAGGACCUCCCCCCCCCAUUAGCUAAUGAACCAAGCUCAGCAAACGAAUGGGACAUGUGUUCACUCACGUCUAGCCAAGGUAACUCGCAUGCACGCCUUGAGGUCUCUCGAGUGUCUAGCAACAUGGGUAGCCAGGAUCUGUGCCCAGCUCAUGCUGUGUACUCCAAGAACUCUCAUUUCAUUUGCAUGUAACAUUCAUUUUACAGGAAGUACGUAGGUAAAGGACCGACAUCAUGGAAGGCUCCAGGAGUGGAAAGUAAGUGUAUCUUGUCCCGAUACCAUCUGAUUCAGAUUGUGCUUUUUGUGGUUGCUUGGAUUUUGUUUAAAGGAAGUCUGACUCUUUCAAAAGUCAAGAACCUGUAUACUGAAAAAAAGAUCUACUCAAAAAUCAAAAGGGUACCCUUGCUAUGGCCUACUUUUUGCCAUCUAGGUACUGCUAUUUGGCCAACUUUUAGUUAGCUGUGGUGGAAGACAGCAGAUGCGGAAAGACUUCCAGAACAACCACAAUGACCCCUUCUUUUCCAAAGUCAUCAAGCACUGGCCAUUCCUGUCAACUCAAUUUUGUAAGCAGAACAAGAGCUCCUGAUACCAGAUACCUUCAAUAUACCUGGUUUCUGGGGGGCUAGGGAUAAGAUAGACAAAACAUUGAGCAGAGAAACCGUGCUUGUCUGUGUUGGAAAGUUCACGGUCUUCUGGUCCCAAGGGGGCCAGAAGGAAAUGAACUUGUGGCAUGCUUUGCAAAAACAAACAAACAAACAACAAAAACGGUUCCCUGCCCCCUUCCUCCUGUACCCCUGCCCCCUGCGCCUCUGCCCUUCCAGAUUCCUUGCUCACUCUCCUGGAGGGUGCAGCAAGAGGCCAGAAACAAACAGAUCUCCAUGUUGACAAUCCUUAUCAAUGAGAAGCAAGCUCUUAGCUCAACUGCCCACACUCCAGCAAGGCAACGUGGCUGAAACUGAAAUAAAACUCCACUGAGUGCUGAGAAGACGCGGGCCCCUAGCAUGGAAGCCCUAGACUGAAAUCCUUGGUUGGGUUGGUCUAAUUCUGAAUUCUAGACAAAUGAAAAUAGGUCAAGCUCACCAACUGUCUUCUAGCACUUCUCUCAGACUUAAGGGAAAAAAUGGUCUCUUAAAUAAUAGGACAGUUCUGAGAAACUAUAAUUGUUUUGGAAGUGUUUAAGACAUUUGACAUGAAGAUCUUAACCAAGUUUCAUAAGUUUUGACUGAAUUGAAAUAAGAGUCAGGCAGGAAUGUGGUAUGCAGUUUUGAUCCCAGCACCUGGAAGAUGGAGCCAGGCAGAUCUCUGUGAGGUUGAGGCCAGCCUGAUCUACAUAGCUAGCUCCAGGCUGCCGAGGCUACAUAGUGAGAUCUGGACUUCAGUCUUGGCCUUAGUUUAUAUAGAAGUAUCACAGCUGACCUGAACUCAGAACUCCAAAAGACAGAGGCAUUUUCCUCUGUAAGGAAAUGAAGGAGCGGAUGCCCAUGCUUGUGUCUAAAAGAAGCAAAAGGCUCCCUGGCUCUGUCCUUCAGAAGCAUCGUGAGUUGUUGAACGUGUGAGCACAUGGGACUCUGUAUAGGGCUUGCUACUUUUGCUGAUUUUUUUUUUUUUUUUUUGCGAGUGUCUUGUUUGUUCCUUCUCAUGGGUUUUGCCUCUCCCCUCACCUUGCUACCUCUGGAGGUGUCCCCCCCCCAAAAAAAAAGAUUGUAAAACUGAAUGCUUAGACCGCUUGAGGUGGUUUCAGUCGCCUGAACCCUUGUUUUCCUCUGCAAAACUCUGUGGGCCUGGGAUGUUUAGAACAUUUCUGCAUCACUUUGACCCUCAGAAACCCAUUAGCACAAGAGAGUUUGGGGCAGAGACUUCACAGCCAGAGAAAAGACUUGGGCCUGGGAAUGUCCAUUCAGUGCUUGCAGGAGUGGACCUAGUCCUAAAGAAACCAGAUUAUUGGGGGAAAAGAAUCUACCACUCAUUGAUCAGCACACCACCAAACAUCUUUCUAAUACUUAACCUUCUCUUAUCCUUAACAUCAUAAAUAACCAACUCUCUUCCCUGGGUACAAUGUGUGCUGCCUGUGAGGCUGGGGAAGAGGUGAAGAGAAACCCGUUUCAGGGAGGUUCUCUGGGACGUUGCUUCCAGAGUUAUCUCUGUAGGUGGCGUACUCAGUAAGUUGGAGGGACCUCAAGUUGGCCCCAGGUAGUCAGCCUCUGCUUCAAGCUAUUUGUAUUCCCUCCCCUGUUUUCCUCUAGCUCCAAUCUUUAGUACUAGGUGGCUCUGUUAGAGUGAAUAUAGUCAAGGGUUGCCGAGACAACCCCCCCACCCCCACCCCCGAGAUGCAGUUAAUGCGUUGCACUUGGUGGGUAUUGAUUCGUGGUUCAAAUGUGAGUGAUGGAGGGCAGGCUAGUCUUAGUACAAAGGCUGACUUUGCUUGUGUUUCCUCCCCUUUGCCUGUACUCCUGGCCUGCAUGGGCCUCCAACUUGUCCUCCAGUCCUAACACCCAUGAACUGCACUGGUACCAAUGGCUCAACCACAAAGGAGUCAAGGCUAUGGGCAGCCAAUCCAUUCCCGUUAGCUUCAUGACCCCAAGGUUAAAGUUCUGCCAACGAGCAUUCUGCCUGACAUCUACUUUAUCUAGACAACCCAGAUCCGGUUGUCUCUGUAACUUGUCACUCUGAGCAGAUCUACCCAUGCACCUGUCCACCCCUUCUCCUCACCUUUGAACCAAUCAGGAAAAAAAAAAAAAAAAGACUAGUUAUUAAUCACUCAGUGCUCUGUUGCUCACUGCUCCGCCCUCUAUGUUAGCCAAGUCUGUGGCACAAUGGUGAGCUUUUCCUUUGCUAUGAUUUGCCAGGGCCAGGACUAGGGUGAGGCGAUUGGGGAGACGCCCACUCUCAAGGCCCCACCAGUGCCUUACCCUUGCCUUGGCCCUGCGAUUUGCACUCUGUAAAGUUGUAUCGGUUACUCUUCCUGAGUGGAGUUGUGAUUUGGGGGGCAGGUCCUGCACCAAAUAUUUCUUUGCUGUUUCUCCAUUUGUUGCCAGAAGCCUUUGUAUGCCUAAGCAUUAGAGAGAAUCUUAAGUAUUAUCACAAGCAUGUCUAAAUGGCCUGCUCCAGCUGGCAAAUGAGCACCCCCGUCAGGAGGAACACUAUGGCCGGAACCCUUUGACAGUCAGUUGGAGGUCUGCCCCUGCGACCUUCUGUCUGUUCUUUCUGCUUCAUUCUCCCUUGUAGUCCUUGUGGCCCAGCACCGAUUCUCCUCAGUGCCUCCUACUUUUGUUCUCCUCCUAAGAAGAAAACAUGCUCUCAGGAAAGGGAUGAAUUCAUUUGCUUUGAGACCGAAUGGGGAGGCUUAAUGCUACCUUUUCUGAGGGCUGCUUGCAUUUGAACAGGGGAACAGCCUUAAGCCAAAGGAAUGAAGUUCUUGCAGAAUGUUAGGCAUCAACUACUUGUACAAGUUCUUUUUCACCAUGGAAAGACCACACUCCCUGACGGCUGAUUCCGGAGCAUAGGAAACACCGUUUUCUCCUGGAAUCAUCGUAGUUAGUAGCUGAUGGUCAAUUAUCUAGCUAAUAACCCUGUGCUGUUUUCCUACAAGGGACUCUGAGAUAAAGCUACUUAAAAGCCUCUGAGAAGGCCUGUAUCAAUCAUUCAUAUUGUACAUUAACAUGUUUGUGGAAAUGGGAUUAAUAUUACUUGCCGUUUAGGUAAAAGACACAAAAGAUUUAAGGAGUUUGUGAAGUGUGUCCUGUUUGUGCAAGGUGACUGUCGAAUUCGUUUCUUACUGAUGUCAGUCGUCCAAUAUCAGUGGUGGUUAUUGAAUUGGUUGGAGGUACAGUUCCUAAGCACAGGCCUCCACUCCCCUCCUGCCAUUUUGUCUCUGUUUUGUGCUAUGACUCCGCCUUGGUGUGAGAAUGAGACCUUAUCUAAACCAGAGCCCCCAGUCCCUUCAAUGCCUUUGCAUGUAUUUCAGCUAUAAGUGACCAAGAUAGUAAGAAUUUAAAAGGACAAGAGAGUGGGAAAGAGGUACAAAAUAGUGCCUUUGUCAAAGGUCAACAAAAAAAAACCAGUACGAUGAUUUUUAAAUUACACAAAAGAAGCCAACUCGAAUUAUUUUAAAAUACUUUGAAAUCAACUUCUGGAGGACUAUGGUGGUGAGUGGUUUUUAGACACAUGAUGGAGGCACUUUAAUAAGUUUAGCAAAAAGAAAUUUGCCUAGUAAGGAUUCUGUGAAAUAAGUAUAUACUUUUGUUCAGUAAAGGCCCAAAUUUAGGCCACUGGUUCUCAAAGUAUGAUCUUGGAACCAUCAAGAGCAACAUAUGAGAGAGAAGAAGGGGGAGGAGAGGGAAAGAGUGAGGGGAGAGGGGGAGAGGGAGAGAGAGAGAGAGAGAGAGAGAGAGAGAGAGAGAGAUUACUCCUUUAAGCCCCCCAAAUUACCAGAGCCACGCCUCUCCAACAAGUUACCAGUCUUUCCUACUGUUACAGUUACCAGUCUCUGGCAAAGAGGCGUGUGUAUCAUCUUGGUCAGCUACACGUUUGCUCAAUGUUAAGAAAUUGCCAGCUUGAAUAGGGCCCAUCUGUCCUGGACUGGUUUUUGAAAUAAUAAUAACAACAACAACAAAGGGGACAGUGGUGGCUGCAGUGGUUCUGUUUGAUAUUAUCAGCCCUUAAAAAUAUGUCCUAACUUUGGUGACUCUUCUGCAGGAGGGCUCCAGCAGAUUUGAUUUUUUUUUUUUGAGGUUCUGCUUAAUGUAAGAAAUGUGGCAUUUGAUAGUAUUGACUCCCCCACACACAGGAAAUCAAAUGAACACCAGAACCAGAACAGCCAGUUAACCCCCCUCAGCCUCUUCGAACUGCUAAGCUUUAUAGAAUUAUUCCGUAUGUGGUCUUGAGAUUUUCUAUGUCCAGUUUUAUAAGAUGUUGUUCUGCAUGCAAACACAACAUUGUAGUCACCAUACCAGUCACCUCAAAGCCAUUCCUCCUCCAUAUGUGUGCUGGUGAAGAAAUACCAACAUGUGUGUUCUAAUGUUUUAUGAUCAGCUGUAAAUUACAUUUUCAUUAAUUUUUAAAUGAGAUAUAUUUACUCUGGCUAGCAGUUAAAAUUUUAUUCUUUUUAUUAUCUUUCAUUGCUACUUUUUUCUACUGACUCCAAGGUUUACUUUGGGGGUGGGUGGGAUUUCUUAUUUCUAGAUUGAUAUAAUUCUCUUAUUUCUAUAUUUAUCUAUAAUCACAGAGUGUAAGAGCUGAAAGGGACCAACCUCCCUCGUUUCAUAGAAGAAACUAAGGCCCAGAAGGGUCAAGUGGCUCACUAAAGGUCACACAAUGAGUCUGAGGCAGGGCCCAGCAUCAAUUCUAGGUCCCUGGUCUCUGGGAUGAAUGUCUUGUCAUUUAAAGCACUAUAUUUAUGAAGGACCCAUAACUGGCUUCUACUUGUCUGACUCAUUAAUUUCCCGGGUAUUUCAGUGAAAAAAAAAUUCUAUAUGCUUUAAGGGAACAUGCGCAAGCGUUCUUUAGUUUAUGAAUCCAAAGAAAAUCUGGUUUUUAGUUUAGAAACGCAUCUCCCUCCAUGUUUGCUAUCUGUGCCCUACUUCGUACAGGGGAUGUUUUUCCUAAAAGCUAUGUAGAAAAAUGGAUUUAUAUAGAAUAAAUUUCAUUUUUAGUGGGAAAGCUUCCCUAUGUAAGGAAACCUUCUAGGGGCUUCUUUUGGAAAAACAAAACAAAACUUUUCUUGUCAUUUGUUCUUUAAGGUCUUUAAUUCCUUAUUAGUGUGAAUUUUUGUACUUGCUGUUUAGUUAAAGUAGGGCAAACCAGUUUUUAGCUUUCCCAGAAUUUACUAGAACCUUACCUUCCUCAUCUUUUUGUGAAAUCUUCAGACUGUGGCAUGUUUAUGAACUACUCAAUUAUGUUCUAGAAACUUCACCUCACUUGAUAUUUUACCAAUCCCUGGGCUCAAAAUUCCUCCUUGAUCUGAUCAGAUAACAGAGCUCCCUAAUCAGUACUCAUCUCUACAUGUGGUCUCUUUUCCAGAACAUUCUUUGCCAGUAUUCCUUAGUGUGCUCUUCCUUUAGCCAUCUCAGGCCUCCUUCCCUAAAUUACACAUACCUCACUGUCCUAUGGACCAGCAGGCACUAUACCUUGACGGUUAUGCUAAUUUUUUUAGGAAUAUUUCCAGUUAUUUCUAUGUUCUCAUUCUCCUUGGAUCUUCUCUGGC